AUGGCGGUGCUCUCUAGUAUUAUGAGUGCAUUAUCACUGCUGAGCAUUAUCGGUUCUAACAUAGUACUCGCCGAUUCUACCUCACAAACAAGCGCUUACCUUGAACAUCGUGACAAUAUGAGCGAAAAGUUCGAAGCUUUUUACAAUAGCAUAGGCUUGUCGGAAGCACAGGCCGAAACUCUAAAGGAGAAGUACGGUAUAGAAACAACUGAUGAAAACUCCGUUGAGGCAGCUUGCACAGCAGCACAGCUUAGCCUUGGGGCAUCCAUAGUCGAUACAGCUCCCUUAAACCAAACAGUGGUGGGCGAAAACUGGUCAAAAGCCUGCAUUGCCGAACCUUACUGCAUAGUCCAACCGAAGACAGCAGAAGAUGUAUCCAAGGUCAUCAAAACAAUUAGCUAUUACGGCGUUAAGUUUGCCGUUCGCAGCGGUGGUCAUUCUCCCAACCCUGGAUGGUCAAGCGUAGGCCAGGGAGGAAUUCUUGUGGAUUUGCAAAACCUAAAUCAAAUAAGCCUAAGCUGCGACAAGAAAGUGGCGAGUGUUGGUCCCGGGGCUCGAUGGGGUGAAGUGAUCUCGACUCUGGACGCACAAGGAGCUACCGUUAUAGGCGGGCGAGUUCCUAGCGUCGGUGUCGCAGGAGUUAUACUGGGCGGGGGUUACUUCCAUUUUACUGGACAGUUCGGCACCGCUGCCGAUAAUGUGAAGAACUUUGAGAUUGUCCUUUCGGAUGGAACGAUUACCAACGCUAGUUCUACUGUCAACCCAGAUCUCUUUUGGGCUUUGAAGGGUGGUGGGCCUAACUUCGGAAUCGUAACUCGGUUUGACCUAUAUACGGUACCCGUAAGAGGGAUCUGGUAUCAGGCGUCGAUAUACUCGGUCGACCAAGCUGACGCUCUUUUAGAGGCUUACGCCAAGUGGCAGCAGAAUGAAGGUGCAACAGAUCUCAAGGCCACCGUAGGUCUUGGUAUUGGUCUCGACUCCAUCAGCCUUGGCCUAGUAUAUUCGGAACCGACAGGGGAUCAGCCAAGCGUCUUUGCACCCUUUAGAGACAUAGAACCACUCAUGGUCGCUGUGCCACCGACCAAUGGUUCAAUUUCCGCUUUGACGGCGAUAAUGGCCAGUACUGGAACGGGGUCUGACCGCCAUGAUUAUAGAGCUGCUAGUACACGCAUCGACGCCCAACUUUACAAGGACGUGCACGCCUUUUGGCGGGAGAAAGCCCUCGCAGUUCGCGACGCUACAGGAGCCAACCAGACUUUCACUGUCCAGCCUGUUCCCAAGAACGUUGCCGUACAGGGAGAACAGAAAGGAGGAAACCCAAUGAAUAUCCUAAAGGACAAUCACGGAUGGUGGACGACAAUUGUUGACUGGAAUGACGAGAAGGACGACGAUCUAGUGAGGUCGGUCUCGAUUGAAACAAGCCAGAAAUGGAAGCAACUAGGAGAUGAGCGAGGCUUGUCACUACCAUUCACCUUCAUGAACGACGCUUCCCGAGAUCAGAACCCGCUCGCGUCGUACGGCACCGAAAGCGUCAACAAGCUGAAGCAAAUUUCUCAGAAGUACGAUGCUUCGCAAUUAUUCCAGAAGCAACAGAACGAUGGGUUCCUACUUUCUAAAUUGUAA